UAGUAAAAUAAAUAAAUAACAAAAAAUAUAAUAUUAACGUUUAUAUUACCAAAUUAGAACAUAAAUGACAACAAUUAUAGCUUUCUGCAUAUUAGCUGGAGCGCUCAAAGGACGAAUAAAUUUCAAACAAAUAGAUAAUGGAAGUGUUACCUUAGAUGGUUAUAUCAAAGGAUUAACCCCAGGAUUACAUGGUUUUCACGUUCAUCAAUAUGGAAAUUUAAGCAGAGAAUGCCUUGCCUCUGGAAUACACUUUAAUCCCACUGGUUUGACUCAUGGAAGCCCUGAUUCCCUUAUUAGACAUGUAGGGGAUUUGGGAAACAUCGAAGCAAGUCAAAGCGGAGAAGCUAAAAUAAAUAUAAAAGAUAACAUAAUUAGUUUAGAUCCAGCUAGCCGUUUUUCAAUCUUAAAUCGAGCUAUAGUGGUUCAUAAAAAUAAAGACGAUUUGGGAAAAGGUGGCAAUGAAGAAAGUUUAAAAACAGGAAAUGCGGGAGACCGAAUUGAUUGCUGCAUUAUCACCAGACAGGGCAAGUGAAUUCAGCUUCAAGCAAUAUGACAUCCAUUGCCAAUUCUAUUUUCCUUCUCUUUGUUCUUUUAUUAUUUACAAAAACAUGUGAUAUAUAAACAUCGAUAUUGACCCCAGAAAAAUUUAUUAAAUAACUUUAAA